CCAGCCCCAGAGUCGGUGCCUAUACGAGGACCGCGGGACCAGCGGAAAAUAAAAGCACAUCACAUUCAGGGGAGGGACUGGGAGCCAUCUGAGAGUUACAAGAUGCAGGAUUUUCAGAUGUUUGACAUGUGGAAGGACUAUCUGGGGCUGGCAAAAGUGGUGGAAGAGAUACAAAACCAACAGAAUAAAGGGGACAACUUGCAGGUGACUGCUGCCUCUGAAGAUGAGGUAGACAGUCCCACAUUCAGAACAGACCUUUCCCCAGUGACUCUGACAGGAAAUUCUCUCUGUGUUUUUUGCAAGCACAAUGGAGAGUCAAGGAAUAUUUAUAUGACACACAAUUUAAAAGACAAGAAGGGACGGGUGGAAUGUCCAAUCCUGCGUAAUUACAUCUGCCCCCAGUGUGGGGCCACACAGGAUAAGGCUCACACCAAACGAUUCUGUCCCCUGACCCAGAAAGGAUACACCUCAGUGUACAACUGCUCCUCCAGGAAUUCUGUGGGAAAGCAGCUGAUUUGGCCUCCCAGUGCCCCUUCUGAAAGGAACAAGGACGAUACGUCACCCCUGCCAAAUGACUUUUAAAAUGGAAAGGCUUCAGCUCCUGGACUCCAUGCUCAGAACGAGGCAUCUUCUUCCUCACCUUCCCAACUCUGCCUCAGGUGAUGUCCCUUCUCUGGCAUUUCAGGCUGAUGGAACAGCAGAUGCAUCAAUACUAGAGGAGGAUGGCAUGGAGGAAGCCAAAGAGAUUGCCUGCAUUACUCAUGCUAUGUGGAGAGAGAGGUCUGGGUGCCAGAUUGCCACUUUGCUCCAAGAGCCAGGUGGAAAUAAGGGGAGAGUAUGGAGGUGAAUUCUCCCACCAUCACUAACUUGCCAACCAUUCUACAGGACCAUUUUACCUUUCUAUCCAAGACAGACACCUGCCUUGGCUUCCACUGGAUGUUCCAGUUCAUGGAGGGGUAAGACUUGCACCUAGGAAGCUGAUGGCAGAUGCCUCAGUCUUUAUGCAAUUAUGUCAUUCAGUUGAAGAGUGGGAGAGAAUAUCAACAAAAUAGUCCUGACUGAAGACUCCAACAGAGCGCUUUGGCCAUUUCUGAAAGCUCAGACAACAAUCAAAUGGCUCUUAAAAGCUAGGUGUUCCCAUAUUUGAGUUUGAGGGGGCAUUAUGUAACAAGGUUAAUUUACCAGCUAAUGUUAAGUGGGUGAGUGUCUAAUGAUUUUCCCUCAGUCUCAAGUCUUCCUGCCUUUAUUUUCUUUGAAAAUUGUUUUAUAUGUUAUACAUAUAUUUGCCAGUUAUUUCUGAAAGUUAUUUUAUUUGCCAGUUUUUGGUUGUCAUUCUAUUGAAAAUUGUUUCAUUAGUAAAAAAGAAAACUGUAUUAAUGUUUUGUUUAAAAAAAGGUGCAUGAUAUUAUAGAGAUAAUGAAGUACUGAAAUGUUUGAAGACUCAUCCAUGGAUUAUGAAGAUUGUGUUCAACUAGUAUUGUUUUGUUUAUUGCACACAAUGAAAAGAGGAAAGAAAAGAAAUAAAUAUCAACAUUCAGGUUUGCCAUCCCAUAUAGAUUUAAAACAGCUGGAAAACAGUUUCACUUUUUAUUCAAGGGCCAAUGUUUUCUGCAUAAUUUAUAUCAGAAUAAUACUGCACAAAUCCAGGCUGUUGCAGGGUCAUAGGACUGAAAAGAGCACCUCAGUUCUGGUUUUCCCUGAAAACAUGAAGAAAGCCUGCUCUGCAAGGGCUCCAUAACAGAAGUGGAUGAAAGGUAUUUUCAAAAGUCUGGGACUUUAAACACAUGCUAAACUGAUUGAGGUGAAGUCUUCAGUGGGGAGACUAGGGUUUACCUUGAACAGUUUAGCAUGUAUAUGCUGCCUUGUCUACACUAGACUUUUUCAAACAUGGUAGCUAGAAUGGCUCAACAUUUCACCUUUAACCUCUAGUCUGGACAAGGUUGGAAGGGAAAGACCAACGGUUUACAACCAGAAUUUGAGCAUACAACUGUUUUUUGAAAUCUGUAUAUGUGCCUUUUGGGGAGGCAGGAGAUGAGUGGAUAUUCCUGUACUGCAAUCAGCCAGUAGCCAGCAAGAAUUUGGUUCUAAGACACUGGGCCUUAGUCUCAUUUAUAGUUCAGCCUCAUUUACUACAUUCUGCCAGUGAAAAGGAGCCUUAACAUGGCUAGAGUGCUGUCAAGGGCCCUGAGUGUAAAUAAGAAUAAGGUUCAAAAUGCCAAAUGUAGGAGAGUAAAAGCAACACCAGAACAAAACCUCUGGCCAUUUAAACCAUUAAACCCAACAAUGCUGCUAUGUAGCUCUGAUUUGAUGCACAGUCCUAGAGCGCCUUCCAU